ACCACAACCCACAACACUAUACCGAAUCUUCGAGAAGACAUUCUAGCUAGAUAGCGCCGCUGUCCAAGGUCCAAGACAAUCGUUACAUGUAUGCAUGGUGAGCAGCAAAGGGGAGUUGGUUAUAUCUAGCGAAUGCAGCUAUUAUCCCCGCUAGCUAGUUGAAAUGACUGUGACCUCCUCCUCCUCCAACGAUCCAGACAUCUCCCCUUUGGUACCAGUCAUUGCUGCUUGUGGGUAUCGACAAGUCCACAUUGCCAAGACGAAUAAUUCGUUUCCAGCAUGGCUUGUUUCCAUGCCGUCCAUGCCAUCCAUGCCGUCGCCACCUAUCCUAGAAAAAAGAGCCGCCAUCACUGACGGUCGGGCUUUUUAUUGGAGGUCCAAGCGGGAUUUCAUUCUUCUGAGCCUUGUGGUCGCCAAAGUACUCGAAACGAAGAAAUGUCCUUGCCACUGCUGUCCUCAAUCCAAGCUACGAGUGUUCCCCAAAAGUUCGUUUCAAAAGCUGAGCGACCGUGCUCCAUGGAGGCGACCAUUGGAUGGGGACGCCAUACGCAGAUUGGGUUUGGAUGGGGAUGACUCCAACAACAACAGCAUCAACAAUUUUCACGCAUCCAUGAAGAAAAAUUUACUCCAAAUGGAUCAGUUCCUUCAGUGCGUCCACACGCACACUUGUUUCCCUUUGGAGACGGACGAAUUCGAUGCGGAAUCCGUACAUAGCCUACAGGAAGCUUGGAAAACGUUUUGCCGCCCUCAGGAUUGCACAGCGGUGGCGGCAAGUGAGACAGGAACAUCAUCGUCACAUCCAAAUAAUAAUGAGCAACUAUUGCCCACACCACAAUCCCUUGGACAGUAUUUUUGUACAGACGAAAAUGCCAACCAGCUUGUGACACUUCUACUGGACAAAGUUUUCCAUCGGACAUCAGAUCCAUCAAAGACAGACGACAGCAACACCAGCAAACACUUGGUCGUACUGGAACCUAGCUGUGGUCAUGGUCAAGUUGUGUGGACGCUGCUCAAGCACCCAUUAUUUGACAAUCUACUGGAACUUUACCAGACUGUCACCAUCAUUGCCAUUGACUUGGAUCCUCGGGCCCUUGCAGUAUGCCGGUCAAGCUAUUCCACAAAUGAAUUUAUCCAGACAAAGUACUCUGACCACGCAUCCAAGGUGUCGAUAGAGUUUCAUCGCCACAACUUUUUGACCGCCAAACGGAACGACUUUUUGUGCCACAAACUUCACCACGAAGUCGUUGCCAUCGGCGGACCACCCUAUGGAUCCAAGCCCGAAGAGCGCGAGCUUCCCGUUCAGUUUGUACGACAUUGUGUGGACGAAUGGAACGUCACCGUGAUUGCAUUUUUGCUUCCACAACGGUUUCCCAACAAGAUCCGUCUCACAUCUUACUACUACGAGUGUCAGCAGAUCGAGCUGGAAGAUUCCACAUUUUACUUUCAAGGAACCACGGCGGUAAAGCAACCCUCUCGCAUCCAGUGCUGGUCACAACGCUAUUGAAAAACACCGCCACUAUUCCAGCACCGGAAGUGGAGGGUAUACAGUUUCUUGUAGCGGGUGAAAUGGGUUGUUCUCUAUUCAGUUAUGCAACUAUCCAAUGAGCAAGAACGAAGGCGGAAAGCCUUGUGGCAACUUUUAAUACCGUACUCAGGGUUGGAUGCUUCUCCCGUGAUGAUGAUGAUGAUGAUGAUGGCAGGGGAUUCGGAGCCAUAAUUUCGAAUACAGACGGCUUCUGCCAGUAUACAAUUGUGCAAGCAGCUUCCUACCGGUACGGCGUCGAAAGGACGUGCGAGCAAGCAACCAACAACUGAUCUCUUGCUUUUGAUUACCAAGGUCCCAUGACCCAUGGACCAAGUUUCCCCUUUGAAGAAGUCGUUAUGAAGGAACAAACGUAAAGUCAGCCAAAACAUUACAAGCAGCCAAGCAUCCGAAAAGUACACGCUUUUACUCACCACCCUAACUAGACCACUGUCAACGCUGAUGUCAAGCGUCCAUGGGUCGAUGUUGUCUUCUUCAGUAUUGCUGUUCUGGUUGGUUGAGGUUGCCGACUUGGGGGUAGACACGGCGUCUGCUGUCUUGGGAGCUUUGUUAUCACGCAUCUUUUGUGAUCGGUUGGCUAUCGCUUUGCGAGCCUGUCGGAAGAGGUCGCGGCGAUAAAAGCAAUUCAAGGCCGUUGUGAGCGUCAUUGUCGUCGAUCAAAUAAAUUGGUUGGUUCUGUUUUCAACUGUUUACUGUAUUGUGUUGCAAAAUCUGGGCAACCCUUUUGUGGUUGGAGUUUUGGAGGAUCCUUUGUAUCCAAAGACAUCAAGCAGGCAAAGCAAUGGAAUUUGGGCAUCUAGUGCCGCGAUUGCUUCUUCAUGUGCAUACCAGCGUUUUCCAGUACUAGCUAGCUAGUAUGUGGUUCUUCUGUUUUUAUUGGACUGAUGACUACUGAUGUUACGUUCCGAGCCGCCCUCACACAUCGCGGUUUGCGGUUUGCGGUUCUCGGUUGUCACGAGAAGCUCAUGAGAUUAGUCAAACCCAAUGAAUUCCAAGUCUCAGAUGGACGCCAGAAUGCUUACAGGAAGUGUCAAGAUUUAACAGAUUAUUCCUCUAACCUAAAAGGAACCCCAAGCUUCAACUAUCGCAUAA